AUGAGCUUCGGCUGGUCCAUCAGCGAUGUCAUACUGCUCGCACAGUACAGCUGGAAGGUGUAUAAAAGCUUCGCGGAUGGCAGCUACAACGCUACCAACGAGUACGAGUGUUUCAAGAGAGAAUAUCGACAAGUAAUCACCUGUCUCGAAAGGCUUGUCAAUGUCAGUCCCGAUCUCGCUUCUCUUGCAGGUUUCGACGAGACCUUUGGAGAUACUAUCAAGUUCAUCGACAAGCACCGCGUCCUCACUGCAAGAACGACGCGCCCUUUGAUUACCAAUCUACCACAAAGCAGCAGUAGGUUCAAGGAUUUUCUAGAGCGAGUCGGCCAUGGAUAUCAGACGGCAACGUGGCCCGUAUAUCGCGAGGAGGCCGAGAAGCUUCAUCGACAGCUUGACCGGGUUGUUGCCAUUGCGACCCUACACGCAACGACGACUACCCUGCAAAACACCCAAGGUAUCGAGAGGCAGUCGGAAGACAUCAUGCGUGCGGUGAAGUACAACAUAUCAAUCACCUUCUAUAGUGUUUGCCUGACACUGUGCGUCCAGNNAUCCUUGAGUGACAAAGUCAAUUUCGUCCUCAAAAGAAUUGCGCCAACAUCCACAUCUGAGAUGGAUCUGGACUAUCUCGCGACACUAUCGCACACUAGCUUCAAUGCUCCGGAUACACUUAACCGAAUCAUUGUAGAUCUAGAUCGAACCGAGUCGCCAGAUGAUAUGCUUCAGCUCCUCCACCAGUUUUCGCAAAAGAUGGAGUAUUUGAAAAUGAGGGACUCUGGCGGAGUGCGCUCAGAAGCUAGGCAUCAGGUACCGAGUAGCCAAGGUUCUGUAACAACCGAACGAAUCAUACCCGUCCUCCAGCUUCUGGACAGUGCCCGCAGCGUUGCGAAUACUGCACUUGGUCUCCCUCGCACGCAGAGCCGUGUUCAUGGGCGGUCCCCGAGUGCUAGCCUGGGAGCUCGUGCCGAUGAUUGGGAUGUCUUCGGGCAGUGGCUCAAGUGGCACAUGCUGCAUCCUGAACCGUGGCCCCUCGCUACAUGGCCCGUUACUAUUGUUCUCGAAAACAAGCGAACAUUUGAUGUGCUGUUGGAGAUAUUGAUCUCCCAUACUGGAGUUGUUGAGAAGCUUCGAAGUAAGACGAGAGAUCAAAAGUUCACAAUCUACCAUGUACCACAUGGUGGCGCGCACCAAACCAACGCCUUUGUUCCAUGGAUCGACAACACUCGUGUACAUAAAUCAAGCAUAAUUGAGUCCAGGCUGCAAUUCAAGGGCUCGCAUCAGGUUAUUGUCAAGGAUGAAAAGGCUCACAGAAGCACGAUCUACAAUAUGAGGCCAGUGUAUCGCUUCGAUGAACCCGAAGGAGAUUUGCGGCAGGUACAGGAACAGCUGCUUGANAAAAGCGUAGUCGCGACCUUCGACGUUGUAAGGAUAUCAACUCGUGCUGGCCAGGACCACUGCGCGUCCGAGACAUUACGUAUGCUAGAAGAUGCAGAGAGACAAAGGUCACUCUUGUACUAUGCUCAUAGGAUGCCAUCAAAGUCCGCUACAUCGAGCUCUGGCUUUGUUGAGUGGUCNUUGUCAACAAUCGGUAGCAUCGAUUCUGUUCUCUCACAUGAUUCAACGUCGAGCGAGGAUUUACACAUCAACAUCAUGCAUCGAAUCAAAGCCCUCGAUUGCGAAUUUUAUGACCAAGAAGGUGCGGUUGCAUUGCUUCACUGCGGCAUCUCAAUACUGAUUCAGAGAGCAGAUCGUCAAGCAUUCGAAGAUUUGUGCAAGCCAUCGUCUGCACCUAAAUUCCGAAUGCCGUUUCGACCAAGAGAUCUGGGUGUGGGCUCACCACUGGCAGAGUUAGAUAUUGGUCCACCACUCGCAGAACUGGAAGGAUGA